AUGGAGGCUGUAAAAGAGGCACUGACCAUUCCUCGGCUAACUUUGCUUGCUUCUGCGGAUUGCUUAGUCCACACCGGACGGUGCCAUCUCACAGAUCUUGUGAGAAACUGUACCAACAAGUACGAAUUUUCCAUCCAAUUUGUUGAGCGCAAUCCAACCGCCGACAUUUUCCUCUACAGAGUGACCCUGAGCAGCCCAACGCCACAAAAGCCGGUACCGGAGGCUGAAGCUCACGUGCAUUUUCAAUUGAGAGGUUGGUUUCUGAAAAGUCUGCAUGCGAGCCAAGUGACCGGCAGAUCCCUCGAUGACGUCAACGCAGCAGUUGGGAACUCGCCGCUCAUUGCAGAAAAGCCCGACGGCCAGCCCCCAAUUCUCUUCUGGUUUGAGAAUCAAGACCUGAAACACACGCCAGAGCAAACGCUGGUACCUGGAAAAUUCGAGCGAUGGAUCGACCGGAUUGUGCGCGACAAGCUUCAGCUGCGACGGCAGCACACGCAGAGGACAGCAUUCGAGGUCAGCCGGAUGACAGCCUCUGGCGCCGCCAUCGAGGCGCUGCUGCAGGCGCAGAAGGAGGCAUGCGUGUCUGCCGCGCACGAAGCAGAGUUCGCGGCGGGGGCGAACGCGCAGAGAGAGGCGCUGAGUGCAGCAGCUACUGAGGCUGCGCGCCGCGCAGAAACAGAGGCGCGCGCAGGCCAGGAAGGCAUCCUUACGCCGCGCAUGCUCUUCGAAACACCCCAGGAGGAACUGCCGCUCUCCCACGUCCUGCAGAAAGUCUUUGACGCUGCGGAUGAGGCCAAAGAAGGGAAAUUGCCGCAAAGGACAGUUGCAGAUCUUCUCCUUGCGUCCCCCCUUGGACUCCAGCGCUGGGACUUGCUGCUGCUUCUCGCAUCAGCCGCGCACGAAGACCGCCAAGGCUACAUUCACUAUCGCGACUUCGUAGAGCAAGCGCCAAGCAUUAUUCGGACCCUGCGAGACCGACGCAAGGCUUCAGGGGGCCUGAACCCGUGUCGCGUCACAGAUGAGGCAAUUCAGCUCUGCUACAAAGACGAGAUGGAAGACACCUGGAGAAUUCUGAGGGAGGUCUUUGAGGGCGCUGAGUCCUCAGCAGCGGCUACAGGGAAGCUCUCCCGGGGGCUCUUUCUCGAUUGCUUGCAGAGUCGCGCAGACAGGCUCUCGUCGAGAGAAGUGACGCUGCUGAUGCAGAUGGCGCCGACGGAUGAGAACGGAUCAGUCAGCUUCUACGCCUUUCCAAGCAUGCUGAGAAUUCUGCGACGCGAGAGCAUCAAUCACGCAGUGCUGGAGGUCAACAGGGCCGCGCUCGGCGAAGAAAUCCUCUCGGCUCUCAACAAGAUAGGCUGCGACGAACAUUCUUUUCUUCCGCUCUGGAUACUGCGGGAAGUCCUCGGCGGCACCCAGCUCUGUCUAUCGAGAAUGCAAAUCCACGCUCUGCUCUGCAUGCUGACGUUUGACCGCCUGGGUCUCGUUCACUGCGCCCACCUGCUGGAGGUCGUUUGCGUGGUGGCGCCUCAGUUGUUCGAUUGCAGGCUAUUCAUGGAACGAGCGGAGCUCAUUGCGAAGGAGGCGGCGGAUGCAGCGGCGCGUGCAGAGAUGGAGGAACUCCAGGGCCUCACCGGCAAGUCGCGGCGGAAGCAGAGCGUGAAGGAGCCCGGCAUGCACAGGGGCGACGGAAUCGAAGACAGCGAACAGGGCGAGUUGCCAGACAAGGAAACUGUCGAGAAGACGCUCAUUCACCUGUUCACUGUCAUCGACGACAAGCGCAGAGGAGUUAUUCCCGUGCAGACUUUCCUCUCCGCCAUGCGCUACUGGGCCGCUGGUGCAGGCGCGAAUCCGCAGGGCGCGGCCUUGCGCAGCUCUCCAGCGCAGCUGCUGCAGCCUGCAGGCCUGCUGGAGAGUGAGAGCUUGCGCGAGGCCUUUGUCGGGCUGCUUUCUUCUGCAGGCAGCUCCUCUGCUGGGCGCCCAGCGUCUGCCGCGUCAGCUGGAGGAGCUGCCGGCGCUGGGUCUUCGGGGCCUUCACCCAGUCCCGGGGGCCUGGGGUCCCCCUCGUCGGGCGCCGUGGAGCCCCACGGCGGGAGCCAUGCCGGGGCCGCCGCUGCGGCGGCCGAGCGGCGGUACGCGGACGUGGUGGCAAGUUGUAGACUCUCUGUGCAGGAGGUCACCGGCAUUCUAGCGGAAGCUGAAGUCGACGAACAGCAGCAGGAAGUCGCUUACCACGAGCACAUAAGAACGUGGAUUCCAAUCGUUUUCGAGAUGCGGAAGUCGCCUGUGUUCAAUCAGCUCAUUCACAGCCAGCUGGAGCCCCUGGGCGCUGAGGACGGCGGCCCCGCGCCGCUAGCCGCUACGGCGGAUGCGCUGGAGGUCGACCCAGAGAGACCGGCAGAUCUCGAAGGCUAA